GUUUGCGUUUCCUAAGAAGAACUUGCAAGAUCCCUUUAAACAAGUUUAGGGCAGUAAAAUCAAUGGGAAAGAUUCAGACCUCUGCAGGGUUGCAUAGUAUGCAGUUAAUUCUCUUUUUACUCUGUUCUAAAUAUAAUCCUGCUCAUUUGCAUGCCAAUCCCCAGAAUGCUUUGUAAUUUCACAACUCUUGGCUAGUGGUCUCAGCACUUAUGCUUGCAGAACAAAGCAAAAUGUUUAGGGCGUGUCUUUGGCUUUAGUCUUUUUUUCUUUUUUUUCCCCUGUGCUUUGCAAAGAGUACAGAGAGGUGACCUUUUCUUGGCAUUCAUGCUGCAAGCCAAAGGAUCACAGAAAUAAAGUGGAGAAUGCUGUGGACUUUUCCUGUGAAGACUGCAUUCAGUCUAGUUACCCAUGAAUAACCAGCCACUUGGAUUAACUCACUCGAGUGAGUUUCAGGGGGGUUUGGCCUGCCCUUUAAUUAUGUGACCAGGCUGGUUCAUUUUAGGUUUAGGGAAAGCCUAAAUCGGAGCAUUCUCUACCCUCAUUCUGCCGAUGCUUUAUGUAGCUUCUUUAUUGCAAAGGAAGCCUUUAACUUAAUGAAAAGAUGUCACAAAGUGUGGUUGGUGGCCUGCCUUAUAGAAAUGUGAAUUCAAGUUCCCUAACACAGACCUAGUCAUGCCCAAUGAUAAUCUGCGUUAUUUCUGUAGGGGUGGGGGGAGGGUUAGGAUUCAUAAGAGGGUGAAGUGAUCAUAAGAGACUUGAAAAGGGGGGCUUUAUGAUUUUUGCACAGCAAGCCAUUGUUGUUGUUGUUAUUCAAAUAGUGUAUUUGGGUGUGUCUUCUCUUUUUUUCCAGGAGAGUUUAGAAAGCUCCCCCAUCUGACCAUCCCUCAGCCCCCCAGCCUAUUUCCUCCAAACAUGCCUUCCUUGGCCGUUUAACUGAAGCACAUAGCAAAAUAAGAAUAUAUUCCAGCACCGAAAGAUCGUGUGUUUUGCUCCUAAUAGCACACUUACCUUUGUCUCUCAGUCCUGCCUAAAGUAAACUCGGGAUUGUGACCAGCACACAUCGGACCUCUCACAAAAACCACGGCUGCGCAGUAACGCGCCAGGGCUUUUGCCUUCUCACUACAGGUGUUUUCUGCUCCUUGCUCACGGAGCAGCGUUACUGCUGUUUCAUCGAUUCUGGGAGCCAGACAGUGGAAUUCCUUUAAAGCACAUUAUUUCGAGAAUUAUGUUUACAAUACAGAGAACAGCUUUUGGUAGCCGACACGGGGCCCCCUCGCGACCUUCCGAGAGUGAGGGUUACUUCGCAUUUUUUGAUCCCCAUUUCCAUGGUCUCGGGAUAGCAGCGGCUGGCCAGGCUGCACAAAGUCGGCGCGGUUCUCGGCUUUCUAAGGGGAUCGCGUCGGCUGUUUAUACACUCGGCGACCAGCAGAGGCGGCGCCCGGCCUCCGCGUUAACAAAGGCGGCGGCUGCGGCAUUCAGCCCUCAGGGUGGCGGAGGAGGGCGGGUGCCCGAAGAGAAGCCCGGAGCCGUCUUCUUUCUGAAACGAGGGUCGGGAAGGUGGGAAAUCGGAUCAGAGUCAGGUCAGAGGCGUGGGCUUGGUCCGCGGGGACGAGAGGGCGACGCUGGUGCUUCUCUGCCGACACUGGGGACUGCAGUAUCCCCGCCCCGAACAGUCCCUCGCGCCCCCUGGUGGCGGUGGAGCAGGCUGACUCUGCUGCACUCGCAAGGCACUGGAAGAAAAAAAAGGAAGAAAAAGAAAAAGUGGCCGCCGCGGGAGCCGGGGAGGGGGGCGGAGGCGAGAGGAGGCGGCGGCCGCGGCCAGCGCACCAUUCGCUCCACCUGAUCUCGGGGCGCUGUGCGCUGAGGAAGACGCGGGCGAGCAGGAGCAGAAGGAGGAGGGAGGCA